AUGGUAUCUCUCAAGCACCUCACCGUCGCCACCUUGAUCGCGACUGUAUCAGCGCAGUCAGCGAACGCCACGAUUCGCUACAUGCCCUUCGGCGACAGCAUAACUGAAAUUGUCUGCUGGCGAUCAAAGCUCUGGCAGCGUCUCCAAACCACUGAAUGGGCAACCGUGAACUUCGUCGGUAGCGGCAAAACCGAGAACAACUGCCGCGACACAACGUACGAUCGUGACAACGAAGGGCACUCUGGUUUCCUCGCCAUCGAUAUCGCGAAUAAGAACCAGCUUGACGGUUGGUUAAAGACGAAUCCGGCAGACGUGAUCACCAUGCACUUGGGCACAAAUGAUAUUGUGCAGCAGAAUAAAGCGGUGACGGAUAUCAUUGCUGCCUUUACCAAGCUUAUUGCCACUAUGCGAACCUCUAAUCCCAGAAUGAAGAUUAUUGUGGCACAAAUCAUUCCCCUAGGCAACGGAAAUUACAACACCAAGAUCCAAGAUCUGAACCGGGCGAUUAUACCUUGGGCUCAGGGUCUCAAUUCGACUGGGAGCCCGAUAUGGGUUGUAGAUCAGUAUACGGGAUUUAGUGGGAGCGCGGAUUUGAGGGAUGGAGUCCAUCCGAAUGACAAGGGCGAUGUUAAGAUGACGGGUGUGUGGUUUCCAGCGGUUGUGAGAGCGUUUGAGGCGGUGAGAGCUGAUAGGGUUGUCGUAGGGAAGGAGUUCAUGGCAUAG